AUGUUACCACCACCAAUUGUAACGAGACGAGCUAUUCAACAAGCAGCAUUAAACAAUAAUAAUAAUCAUACUUCGAAUGGAAGUGAUAAACAAUCGAUGAUAAUUAUUAAAGGAGAAAAUGAAGAUAGUUAUGAAACACCGCCUGCUUAUUUAUUUGAUAAAGAAAUUGGUUUAACACCUGUUGAACAAUUGAAAACCGGUAUGAUACUUGAAUUGCAAGAUAUUAAUCGUCCAUGGACUUUAUGGUUUGUACGAAUAAUUAAUAAUCAAGGUGGGCGUUUACAUCUUCGAUAUAUUACUAAAACAAUAGAUAAUGAACAAGAAGAUUGUGAUAUUCAUCUAUUUUAUCUUGAUUAUCGUGUUCAUCCUAUUGGUUGGACUUCAAAUAAUUCAUUAAUUUAUUCAUAUGAUAUUCCAACAUGUUUACAAGUACCGAUUGAUAAACAAUUAAUAAUUGAAAUGUGUUUAACACAAUCAAAAACUCAAUUUUUUCCACCAAAUUUAUUUAAAGAACAACAAGAAAUACUCAAACAUCGUUUUACUGAAGGAAUGAAAUUAGAAAUAUUUGAUGGUAAACGACAAAAUGUUUAUAUUGGACGUAUAGGUCAUAUUCAUAAUGAAUAUUAUUUUGAUAUUAUUAUUGAUAAUGAUAAUGAAAAUGAAUUAUCAUUUGUUUCCUAUUCAACUGAUCCACAUAUAUUACCACCACAUUGGGCAGCUGAACAUAAACUUGCAUUAAUGAAUGGGAAAUCUAUUCGUCAAUCAGAAGAUUAUUGGAAUGUUUAUACAGAAAAAAAUGGUAUUAGUGAUUUAGCACCUGAACGAUGUUUUAAUUUAAUAACUUUAAAUGUCUCAGGAAAUAUUCGUGUUGAACCUGGAAUGAAAAUGGAAAUGAUUUAUACAUUGAAUAAUAAAGAUUUAGUUUUUUCUGUAACACUUAUUCAUAUUAUUGAUCAUUUUAUGUGGUUAAGAAUUGAUGAUACAAAUUUAUUAAAUGAUGAUGAACAUUUAUAUUAUCAUGUUUUACCAAUUAAUUCAUUAGAUGUUUUUCCAGUUGGAUGGGCUAAAUUUAAUGGAUUUCAAUUAAUAAAUCCAAUUGAAUAUAAAAUGAAAAUAAAAACCUAUGAACAAGAUCGAUAUGAAUUAUUUUCAUCAGUCACUCAUUAUCCAAAAAUUCCUCGUGUAUAUUUAAAUGAAGUAUAUCUAUUAACAAUCUAUGUUAAUAUUCGAUGUUUUUCUGGUCCACAUAUUUGCUCAUCUCGUCUUGCUCGUCUACCUUCAAAAUUUGGUCCAGGACCUUAUCGUCAUGUUCUCAUUGAUAUGCUUCAUCAUCUUCUAUCAAUAUUAUCAACAAAUGCUCAUCGUGCAUUACGUCGAUUAGAUCAUCAAAUAAAUUCAACUCUUAAAACUGAAAAUAUAAAAUCAGCUAAGAAAUCUUCAAAAUUAAUUCGUCCUAUAUCAAUACCAAUUGAACCUUGUUCUGUCUAUCAUUAUCUUCGUCAUAUAUGUACACAAUUAGAAGCUUGUCCAAAUCUUCUUAGUAUAAAACAUAUUGAUAAUCAUUGUCCAGAUAAAUGUCAUAUAUUAUCAAAUACUUUUACUUUUUCAACUCAUUCAAAACAUAAACGUACUCAAUUACGUGUCGCACAAAAUCGAUAUCGUAAACAAAAAUCCUUAUUAUGUCAUUUAAAAAGUAAAACAAUAUCCACAAAUGUGCCAAGUCCUACUAUUGAACAAUUACCAUUAACUGAAAUUGAUAAUACAAAUGAUGUAUUACCAAUUACUACUGUCCCAGUAUCAUAUCCAGGAAGUGAUCGACAAACACGUGGAUUUCGUUUUCAUAUCGAACGAAAAACACAUAAAAUAACAAGAACAAAUAAAAAACCAGAAGUAAUAAAUAAUGAACAAGAACCAAUUGAAACUAAUCAUUUAAUAUCAGAAGCGUCAUCUUCAUCAUCAUCAACAAAUGCUCCAAUUAAAGAAUCAAAACGUUUGCGUGUAUCAAAGAAAAAACGUCCGUUAUCUUCACCAUUAACAUUAGAUGUUCUUAAUUCAUAUGAUAAUUCUCCAUCAUCACCUAAUAAUACAAAGAAAAAACGACGUCUAUAUACGAAAUCUCAAACACCGAAAACUGAAAUUCAACAACCAUCAUCUAUUCGAUCAAUACCCUAUCCAAUACCACCACCUAUUGAUCCACGUAAUCCAAUAACAUGGAAUGUCAAUGAUGUUUGUUGGUAUUUAAAUGAAUCUGGAUGUUCAUUUGCAUUAAAAACAAUUAAAGAACAAGAAAUCGAUGGUUCAGCUCUACUUCUUCUUGAUGAUUUAAAUACUGUACAAGAUUUGUUAGAAUUUAAAUUAGGUCCAGCUGUUAAAUUUUGUCAUGUUGUUGAACAACUUCGUAAUCAAGUUCUUGAUACAUUUCAUUCAUCCCCAUCAUUAAAAACUUCUUCUUCUUCUUCUCGAUUAUCAACAAAUUAA